ACUCUUACCCCGACUGACGUUGGACAACAAAGAUGGCGGCAGGAACCAGCAAUUACUGGGAAGAUCUCAGGAAACAGGCUCGACAGCUGGAAAAUGAACUUGACCUGAAACUAGUUUCCUUCAGUAAACUGUGUACAAGUUACAGCCACAGCAGUGCCCGAGAUGGAAGACGCGACAGGUAUAGUUCUGACACAACACCCCUUUUAAACGGAUCAAGCCAAGACAGAAUGUUUGAGACAAUGGCAAUCGAGAUUGAACAGCUUCUGGCAAGGCUCACAGGAGUAAAUGAUAAAAUGGCAGAAUAUACCAACAGUGCAGGUGUCCCCUCCUUGAAUGCGGCUCUGAUGCACACACUGCAGCGACAUAGAGACAUAUUGCAGGAUUAUACACAUGAAUUUCAUAAAACCAAAGCAAACUUCACAGCAAUACGGGAAAGGGAGAAUCUCAUGGGAUCAGUACGAAAGGACAUCGAGUCAUAUAAAAGUGGGUCUGGAGUAAACAACAGAAGAACUGAACUAUUUUUGAAAGAACAUGAACACCUUCGAAACUCAGAUCGUCUGAUAGAAGAGACAAUAAGCAUUGCUAUGGCAACAAAAGAAAAUAUGACUUCACAGAGAGGAAUGCUGAAGUCGAUUCAAAGCAAGAUGAACACUUUGGCCAAUCGCUUCCCUGCUGUGAACAGCCUGAUCCAACGAAUCAACCUUAGGAAGCGGCGAGACUCUCUCAUCCUGGGUGGUGUUAUCGGUGUCUGUACCAUCCUAUUGCUACUGUAUGCUUUCCAUUGACGGGACAUCUCCAGGGACUCUUGACAGCCACCACUCUCAGGCCCCUAUCUGGAAUAAGGAGAAGCAGGAAGGAGACGCCGACUAUCCUGACAAAGAGCCUGACCAGCGGGAUUGUCCAGGACUGAUGCUGCUGUCCUCUGUGAUGCGGUCGGCCUGAGCGGAAGCCACAGUUUCUCUGUGCUGUUUUUUCUAACACACACCUCCUUCUGUUUUUAGUUUAAAAAAAAAAAAAGAAAAAUAGGAAAAGUUUUCUGUUGCUUUUGUCUCCCCAGGAGGUAAGUACACCGAUCAGAAACAGUGUCUGUGCUUCAGUGACAGUGUUGAAGGCCGAUGACAAGCCAGGUCUUAGAGCCGGACCGACUCUUUAGAACACCAGGUCUCUCUAUCCAAAGACUGCUUUCCUUUUAGCUUCCAGAUUGGGCUGUGAAUAAAGAUAGUUCUUUUCCUUUUAUUUUAUACUCAUGAUGAAAAAUCACAAGUCAUUUCUUGAUAAAUUCCUACUCUGUGUCCCCAGCUCUUUUGGUAUUCAAGGAAAAUUCCGUCUUUCACAGAUUCUUUGAGAUGCUGACAGGCCAACUUGAACAGAGGUGAGGUUGUCUGAAAUGAGAAACACUGCAAAAAAGCUUUUUUCUCUCUCUCUCUCUUUUUUUUUUUUAUCAUGUGCACACAGGGGGUAACUAUUGCUGGAAAAAAUAUCAGGAAUAACAGGCUUCUUUUUUUAAGGAGCCAGUUAUUGUUUUGAUUUUUGUUUAUUUCCUCUAUUGGGUUAAUAUAUGCUACUCAUUCAUGAGGAAGUGAAAUCUUCAUUCUACCAGGACUAAAGAAACUAAUAGCCAGUGUCUACCAGUGCCCCACACUCCUCACCGAGCCAGAGUAACACCGGGGCUGAGCGAGGGGCCUGCGCGGUCCUCGGUGCGGUCUAGUACACAGGGCACCUGGAGAAAGACAUUGAUCGAAGGGUUGCCAUUAAGGUAAUUGCAUUUGUAAAUGCUCCAUGAUUUAUAAGCAAAAGUUUUAAAAACUACCACCUGAUGUCACAGGAAUUCUGUGUUCUGUGAAAACCUGUUCAUUCCAAGUGUGUUAAGCUUUUCCAAACACCCAAAGAAUGGUUUUGCUGUUGAAGAUGCAUGUGACAGAAUCCCCCUCUAUCUGCACCUGUCUUCUGUUAUCAUCCCUGGACAGUGACAAAAUUUUAAACCACCCACCAGAAUUCUUUUCAAGUUUAACCAUUUCUCAGUUUCUGUAAAUUCAUUACUUGGCUAAACUACCACAGAUAGUUCGAAGACUUCCAACAUCUACACUCCUCACCAAGGAAGAAGACUGCUUUUCACCAUUGGAAUUUAUUAUAGUACUUACAGCAUUGGCUUCAGGCUGUGCCACCGGGAAUAAAAGGAUAUUAACAUGUAGUUCCUAACUACGUCUUAAUGUGUCAACAGUGUGUGCCGUUCAGAGGAACGUCAUAUACAGGCUGGUGGGUAGACUAACCCAUGGUUUGAUACAGAGACUGAGAGGUUUUUCAUUCUGGUGUCAAAACUUUAUUAUGUUCUGGGUAUGAAAGGCAUUUGAUAUAUUUUUGUUAUGGGUUUUAUUUUUCUAAAUAUGGAUUGUUGAUCAGUAGUUGAUUGGGGAUGCCCUUAAAAAAGAGUUUAAGUGUUCCCAAUGUGAACCUUCUAGGAUCAGGGAAGUUCAUCUAUUAAAUUCUCUGUUGGGAGAACAAAACUUUUCUCCCCUGACACUUUAUUAUCUUUGAUUUUUCAAAGGGCCUUGAUUGGUGGUUGUACCUCAGCUAGAAUUUAUGGGACUUUGGUUGCUAUAUAGUUGGCAUUGAUAAAAUCUGAAGUACCAUAAAUAAAACUAUUUAUUUAAUUAUACUACCAGUCUUUUUUACUGGUCUGAUUAUUUGGUGCAUUCAUUGAAGUUAAUUGUGUGACAGUAAAACUAGAACCUGAGUGAAUCUACUUGCUGCAGCUAAGCAGGCAAGCAUUUUUGAUGACCGAUGAGCCUUUCCAUUAGGGUUCUGCUUAAAUGAAGUAGUAGAAUUGUGUUGGUUAUUUUCUUUAUGAAGAUAAAGAAACGAGUUAUUCCAAGGAAGUUGAAAAGGCGUGGUGUUGACGUGGGUGUCAGGUGGGUCUGACUAACCCCCCCCCACCCCACCCCCGGCCCCCGGGGCUGCGGCCCAUCGUGAGGGCGCCCAGGGCCGAAUGGAGAUGAGCUAGGGCUGCGCGCAUCCUUUCUGCCUCGCUUCCUCGUUUGCAGAGAGAGCGCCUAGACCCAGGGGCCAGAAGUGUGCCAUCACAAGUAGAGUCUCAAUGUGGAUCCCGUGGUAGCUGAUCUCUAAGAAGUAUUUCAGUUCCAUUUUUUUAACUUUUGUAGCCAUCUUGGUUUUUCUCUUCUUUAUUGCUGUCCUUACAGCCCUGUUGCCAGGCCCAGGAGCCAAGGGUAAGCCGCUCUCACAGCAGGUCAGAGCAGAAGGGAUUUCCUGUUCUCAGUCCCAAACCUUGCCUCUUAGGGGGCGUAGUCUCCCUCAGCCAUUGUCUUAUAGAAUGAUCUUUCCUUUUGGGAUCUUUUUUUGUAACCACUCAAAAUUUUCCAUUUCACAAAAAGUAUGAAAAACCGUAGUUUUUGUGAAACAAAGGCAGAAAAUUCCAAAAGGCAUACUUCUGAGAUUUUGUUUCAAUGUGUGCUGGUAACUUUAGUAAAAAUUUAAUAAAUCUGUUACUGAAGUUCAAGCCCAAAUAUCCAAGUGCUUUAAGGCACUCUGUCCCAGCUAUCUCUCUGUUCUUUUUUUAUUAUUCUGUUAGAUGCUACAGGAUUCCCUGCAGCCUGCACCGCUCACCCUUUGUUUGAUGUUAGAAAAGGGCUUUCCUUCUCCACCCUUCCUCUCCUUUGUACCAAAAUCCCCUGUACAGACGAUGCCAUUUUGCAGACCGCCCAGCGCUCAGAUCAGGCGUGGGAGUCGGCUCCUGAGCACGGAGACGGCUGAUGAGAGACAUCAUGAGGGCACUUUUUGUACCUAGAACCAAAUAUAUUUACUUGAGUUCUUUCCUAUUGGAUGCUGAAUACAUCUGAAUAGAAAAGUGGACUUGCUGAGCCUUUUGGCUUCUAUGGAGGUGAGGCGCCCUGGACUUGCACUCCCACCAUUAAUUUUCUGCUUCACUGUUAAUAAUCUCAACCUGGUGUAAAGGACAUCUAAAGAACUGGACUGGCCUUUUUGGUUUCUAAUACUUUAUGUUUGAUCAUUAAGCAGAUAUGAUUUCUUGGAAAUUGGGUUGUCUGACUUGCAAUAUUAAGCUAAUGAGGAUAAAUGGCAAUGUCUAGCAUUACACUGAAUUUUGUGGCAAAUGUAACUAAAGAGCAAAUGGAUUCUACUCAGACGAAAGGGUUGCAUUCCAUUCUCCUUUGAGUUUACCCUGGUCUCCAAAAAGAUGCAGAACUUUACAUCAUGAUCUUUAUAAACUAAUUUUUGUUAUUCCUUUAUAAAUCUGCAUAUCCUUCAGUUUUAUAGAAGAAAAGAAAAUGAUGAAGGAACAAGUGACUUUUUAAUUCUUACUGAGGAUAUGUUUAUUGAUUUUUUUUUUUUUAAGAGAGGGAGAGGAAGGGGCAGAGAAACAUCCAUCAGGUCCCAUGCACACCCUGACUGGGGACAAACCCGCAACCUGGGUAUGUGCCCAGGGUGAGAACUGAACCCACAAACUUGUGGUGUACAGGCCAAUGCUCCAACUAACUGAGCCACUCGGCUAGGGCAGAAGAAAUAACUCUUACAGAUGUUAAUUGAAUAAGAAGCUGAGACAAAGCUGAGCCAUGUCUUGAGAGAGCUUUCGUAUUUUCUUUAUAUGCAAAGUCUCACUUUAGUAUCAAAGUAUUUGCAUUUAUUGCCAUCCUAUUAGCUUUUAGGGAGGGAAAUCAAUUCCAAUCACACUUUACCAUGAUGGAAGAUGUUUUCUCAUGAAAAAUGCCAAUACAGGUUUUUAAAAAUCUAUUCCAAAUGCACUUUCUAAUUUUUUGCUUUUAAAAUGGCUUCUU